CUCUGACUGAUAACAAGGGUGUCCGGGCCACUUGCUGCUUUUGCUUUUGCUUCUUCGUCCCUUCUUUUCUCCAUCUUUUCCUUCUUUUUUUCCUUCUCCUUUCCCUUUUUCUUUUCCGGGUUUUUGUGUGUAUUAUAUUAUCUGCGACCCCAAAAAACAAAAGAGAAAAAGGAAAAGCUGUAAAGAGCCACCUCCCCCCACAAACCCAAGAACGUCCUAACCAAAGCUUCUUCACAUUGGAAAGGAAAGAAACAAAGAGAGUAAGAGAGAGAGAGAGAGAGAGAGAUUUGAGCUCAUUCUUCACCCCUUCUGUGGAUUUCCAUCUCUGAACGGUUUGGUGGAGAAUGGUUCUAUAGUAUCAACAACUGAAGAAGAAGAAGAAGUAGUAGAGGAACAAGAACAAGAACAACACCACCACCACCACCACAAAUGGCUUUCAGUCUCAAGCUCUUCCUUUUCCUGUUCUGCAUUAUGCCUUGUCUCGUCCCCAGCAUUUCUUAUGAGCCGAGAAACCAUGAAGUUGAAGCUCUGAUUGGAAUAAGAAGGGAGCUGAAUGAUCCUCAUGGAGUUUUGAACAAUUGGGAUGAAGACUCUGUGGACCCUUGCAGUUGGGCUAUGAUCACUUGCUCAAACGACAACCUUGUCAUUGGCCUGGGAGCACCAAGCCAGUCUCUAUCAGGAACUUUGUCUGCUACUAUCAGAAACCUCACUAACCUUAGACAAGUGCUACUGCAGAACAACAAUAUCUCAGGAAACAUACCUCCAGAGCUUGGUUCUCUACCAAGGUUGCAGACUUUGGAUCUAUCUAACAACCAUUUCUUCGGUCUGAUACCCGAGUCUCUGGGUGAGCUGAGUACACUCCAAUAUUUAAGGCUAAACAACAAUAGCUUGUCUGGAGCUUUUCCUGUGUCCUUGGCCAAAAUCCCUCAGCUUGCUUUCUUGGACUUGUCAUAUAACAAUCUGAGCGGACCUGUACCUAAGUUCCCGGCUAGAACUUUCAACAUUAUCGGAAAUCCGCUAAUUUGUGGUAGAGACUCCACCGAAGGCUGCUCUGGUUCAGCUUUCCCUGUCCCGCUUUCCUUCGCCUUGAAAUCAUCUCCCGAUAAACCAAAGUCCCAGAAAUUGGCAAUUGCUCUUGGCGUCAGCCUUAGCUUUGCAACUCUUAUGCUCUUAGUGAUUGGUUUCCUUUUGCACAGAAAGAAGAAGAAAACCCAUCUCAUCCCUAACAUUAAUGAGAAGCAAGAGGAGGGUCUAAUUAACCUGGGUAACCUCAGAGCUUUCACUUUCAAAGAGCUUCAAUCAGCCACAGACAAUUUCAGCUCUAAGCACAUUCUUGGAGCUGGAGGUUUUGGGAACGUGUACAAGGGGAAGCUCGGGGAUGGAAUGAUGGUGGCGGUAAAACGGCUGAAGGAUGUUGUGGGUACCACUGGUGAGUCCCAGUUCCGGACGGAACUGGAAAUGAUCAGCUUGGCAGUUCACCGGAAUUUGCUGCGACUAAUUGGAUACUGUGCAACUUCAACCGAGAGGCUUCUCGUGUAUCCCUAUAUGUCUAAUGGGAGUGUUGCUUCUCGGCUUAAAGGAAAACCUGCUCUAGAUUGGAACACGAGAAAGAGGAUAGCCAUUGGAGCUGCCCGUGGCCUUCUAUACCUUCAUGAGCAAUGUGAUCCAAAGAUAAUACACAGGGAUGUAAAAGCCGCUAAUGUGCUGUUAGAUGACGAUUGCGAGGCUAUUGUUGGUGACUUUGGUUUAGCAAAGCUUUUGGACCAUUCUGACUCACACGUCACCACUGCUGUCCGUGGCACAGUCGGGCAUAUUGCGCCUGAGUACCUCUCCACAGGCCAGUCAUCUGAGAAAACUGAUGUGUUUGGGUUUGGAAUUCUCUUGUUGGAACUUAUAACUGGAAUGCGGGCCCUUGAGUUUGGAAAAUCGGUCAAUCAGAAAGGGGCAAUGCUUGAAUGGGCGAAGCAAAUACAGCAAGAGAAGAAGCUCGAAGUGUUGGUGGACCGAGAGCUUGGCAGCAACUACGACCGCAUCGAGGUCGGGGAGAUGCUCCAAGUGGCGCUCCUAUGCACUCAAUACUUGCCGGCCCACCGCCCAAAAAUGUCUGAGGUGGUCAGAAUGCUCGAGGGCGAUGGCCUUGCCGAGAAAUGGGCGGCAGCACACAAGCACAUCGACCCCGCGUUGAACUUCUCCCUCAUCAACAAUGCAAACAAGAGCCUCCUGAAGCGUCGUCAUGAUAAUGGCCGCCAUCAUGAUGGGUCGAGCACGGUGGUGGGCGAGGGUGAUGAUGACGACGAUGACCACUCCUUGGAUACCUAUGCCAUGGAACUUUCGGGUCCGAGAUAAGCGAGUGGGGGGGCCAAGGAAAAAAGAAGGCUAAAGUAAUUUAAAAAAGGAAAAAAAAAAAAAGAAGAAGGAAAAGGCUAGGAAAUAUAGGGAAAAGGAGGAAAAAGAUGAUGAAAGCUUAGGUUAAAUUCUUUGUUGUUUUUCGAGAAACUAAUCAAGGACUAGGUGGGCGUGGCUUAGGACAUCUGGUUUUUCUCCACAAUUCAAUGAUGUACAUAAGAAAGGUUGCUACUUUUUACCUUCCUCUCCCUUUGGGAAAUUUCUGAUCUGCUUAGGUCUCUUUCUUCUUGUUUCAUCC